AUGCUUCCCACAAACUCCACCGAUGACACCAUCCCUCAGUGCGUCGUCAAUGACAAGAUGGAGCCUUUCAGCGUGCUCUACACCCUGGUCUUUCUCAUCAGCAUGGCUGCCAACCUGGUGGCUCUGUGGGUGUUCGUACACAGCUACAAUGCCAAGAAGAGCAUCAAUGUCUACCUGGUCAAUCUCUUGACCGCUGACCUCCUGCUCACCCUGGCCCUGCCCUUCAAGUUGGCCAAAGACCUGGGUGUGGCGACCUGGGGCCUCAUGGUCUUCCACUGCCAGGUGAGCGCCGUGGUAGUCUACAUCAGCAUGUAUGCGUCCAUCUUCUUCCUCACCUUCAUCAGCGUUGACUGCUACAUACAGAUCAGCCAGAGCUCCAGACUGUUCCGUAUACAGGAAGUGGGCUUCGCCAGGCUGAUGUCAGUGGUGGUGUGGCUACUUGUGCUCCUCAUCAUGGUGCCCAACAUGGCCCUGCCCAUCCAGGACAUCCAAGAGAGGGAAUUCCUGAGCUGCUCCAAGCUGAAGCAAGAGGUGGGACUCCACUGGCACGGCCUUGCAGUCUUCCUCUGUACCAUCCUGUUCCUUAAUGCGUCCACGGCCGUCCUCAUCUCCAACGGUCUGGUGCUAAAGAGGCUGCUGGCGAGCAGGAAUGACCCUGACCAGUGGUGCCAUGCUCGCCGUGCCACCAUCAAUGUUACGGCGGUGACGGCAGCGUACGUGGUGUGCUUCGUGCCGUACCAUGUGGUACGGACGCCCUAUACGCUAGCCCAGACUGAGGUCAUCACUCCAGACUGCCAGACCAAGAGGCACCUCUUCCUGGCCAAGGAGUCCACAUUACUGCUGGUGGUGCUGCACCUCUGCCUGGACCCCGUGCUCUACUACUACUUCUCCAAGGCAUUCAGACAGAGGGUCAGGGAGGUGUUCAGGAGUAGGAGGAGCAGGCGGGAUUCGAACACCAACCCAACACCUGACCCUGCAGCUGAAGACUUGAAGCUGCAGCCAAUAACUGCCAAGGAGUAG